GUCAUGUUGUCUGACACCUGACUUUUUAGUUGCAUACACAAAUUUAUCUAAUUCGACGUUUUGUAAUCAAAAACGUUUACAAUAUCGCUGCUAACCAAUAGGCGAAUAAACUGAGUUUACAACGGUGUAUUGUUCUAUAAUGGCCAUUGUGUACGAACGCUUUAAUACGCGUCUAUACUUAGAGUGAGGUGUCACGUCUAAUCGGGGCUUCUCUAGCGGCCGACUCCAUGAAUAAUAACAGGAUAAUAUGUUAACAUGGCUGUGCAAUCAGACUCUGGAGGGAAGGACGACGUGAAGACCCAGUUCGUGACACGAGAAGGCACUUAUCGCCUGAUGACCCUAUCGGAGUAUUCCAGGCCUAAUCGUGUUGGUUAUACAAGUGGCUCCGGGUCUUCCCAUGUGCGCGUGUCUCUGGUCAGCCUUCCGCCAGGUCCUGGGGGCGGAGCGCCUGGCUCUGAUGGACAGGGAUCCGACGAUAGGAUAUGCUUCAACCAUGGCAAAGAACUUUAUGUUUAUGUCUAUAGAGGCGUCAAAAAGGGCAUGUCACUAUAUUACACACUUCCUCGGCAGGCGGCUGAUCUCACAAAGCCAGUUGACAAGAAGAUGUACAAAGGAACAAACCCGACUUGCCACGACUUUAACACCGUCACGAUGACACCGGACAGUGUGUCCUUAGUUAUAGGAUUUUCUACCGGCCAAAUACAACUCAUAGACCCUAUUAAGAAAGAAUUAAGUAAAUUGUACAAUGAAGAGAGACUGAUUGACAAAACGAGAGUGACAUGCAUAAAGUGGGUGCCUGGCUCGAGCAACCUGUUCAUAACGGCGCACGCGUCCGGCCAGCUGUACGUGUACAACGAGGAGCUGACGUGCGGGACCACGGCGCCGCACUACCAACUGUUCAAGCAAGGCGACGGCUACUCCAUCCACACCUGCCGCACCAAGUCCACUCGCAACCCGCUCUACAGGUGGCUCAUAGGAGCCGAGGGCAGCUGUAUUAACGAAUUCGCGUUUUCUCCGUGUGGAACCAAUCUAGCAGUGGUCUCACAAGAUGGCUUCCUUCGAGUUUUCCAUUACGACACAAUGGAACUCAUCGGAAGAGCCAGAUCAUAUUUUGGCGGCUUUCUAUGUGUCUGCUGGUCUCCUGACGGCAAGUACGUCGUAGUCGGCGGAGAGGAUGAUCUGGUCACCGUGUGGUCGUUCAGCGAGAGGAGAGUGGUGGCCCGCGGUCAGGGGCACAGGUCGUGGGUGUCUGUAGUUGCUUUCGACCCCUACGUCGUCAGCUUCAGCGAACCGGAGAGCGAGGAGGGAGUCGAAGAUGAUAGACAGAAAAGUGAAAGUGUGCAGUGUUAUAGGUUAGGCAGUGUAUCUCAGGACACACAGUUGUGCUUGUGGGAUCUCACUGAGGACGUGCUGAAGCCGCCAGUCAGGGCGCGAGCCUCCGCGCAUCUCUCACCCAAUAGUCAAACAUUCUCCCCCAAUGGAGUCCCUGGCAUGAAAGCACCCGCACCGAAAGGGGCUAAAACUAAUAAGAUAGGACACAAACACGCCGAGCUUAGCGGGUCCAACGCGGCGGGCGAGCCGUCCGGUACUAAGCAAACGAAGGCGAAAGUAAAUAACGUGUCGACCCUCAACAUUAGUGUCGGGAAAGCGAAAGAGGAAACUUCGGGGUCGCUCGGAGUUAACUCGCUGACGCAGCGGUUGGCCGGGUUCUCUUUCGGCGAGCGUCGAUCGGAACAUCGCAGGAAUUUUAGUCUAACGUCGAAGCCGGCGGAGCAGAAGUCCUCAGCGUCGAAUAGCGUCGCGUUGCGAGGCAAGUCUGCGGGCGCGUCGACGAACGAGUCGUACGAUCCGCUGAAGCUGAUCGGCACGGCGUCGUGUCCGCGGUUCGACGAGUGCCCGGUGCUGGAGCCGCUGGUGUGCAAGAAGGUGGCGCACGAGCGGCUGACGGCGCUGUUGUUCCGCGCCGAGUACUUGCUGACGGCCUGCGCCGACGGCUGCGUCAACACGUGGGCGCGCCCGGCGCGCGCGCUCAACGGGGACGCGCGGCCCGCGCGCCGCCUCGACCGCAUCGACCUCGUCGACUAGUCCCCCUCCGCACCGCCGCGCGCGACACUCUUACUCUACUCCAACGUUUCCGACGCUCACACUCCGAUACUCUCGUCCCGACAGUUUCUUGGCCAGACUAAACAUUAAGAGUAAAUUAAUUAGUACAAUAUAGAUGAAGAUAUAUCUCCUUACUUUAGCAGCACUGAAGGUUGUAUGUAGCCGUUAUUUGAACGAAAUAACCGCUGUUUCGUUGCGUUUCGAUCAAAUAACAUUAAUGUUAUAGAUAUGAAGUGUAGCAAUGACUCGAUGUAAUGUAUAUAACUGUUGAAACGUUGGUUGUUUGAUAAUACUCGCGGCUGUCUGCAGCGGCCGCUGGUUCAUAGUUAAAGUUUGUGGUGAGUGGUGUUCGUGUGCUAUUAUUCCAUGUUAGACACAUUGUUGGUUCAUAAUGCGUGUGAGUGUGUUAUGUCGUGUCCUGGAGCUCUCCUGUGUAUGCCAAUAUCAUUUUAGAGUAUAUAUUUAUAAAUUCCUGGAUCGCAGCCAAACGUUAGGCUUAGAAAAGUUUUAAAAUGUUUGCACUGAUUUUGAAAUUUACACUUUCUGGUUUUGGAUGUUUUAUAUUGCUUCGCGGAUCUGGGAAUAGCAAAUUUGAAUACAUUUUAAUAUGAUAUAUGUUUCUUGAGCACGGCAAUUUAUUAUGCACUAUGAGCCUGCGAAUAUUUAUAUUUCUUGUAGAAACUAUUAGAUGUAUCAGUUGUAUGCUUUCCUCGAACGUAGCCCUUGCUCUGAGGUGGUUUAGCACGACACAUUACUGAACACACAAGUAACGGUGACUAAAUUGUGAUACUCUUACUCUACUAUAUCGGUGGUAUUCUGUCCUUUUAAUGUAAUGGUACUAAGUGGGGGUGUCGCCAGGGUUUUGAACAAGACUAUUGGAAUGAAGAUAUCCUAUGAAUACAGUAAAAUAUUUAUUACUUUAGUUUUCCUUCUGACGAUUUUUCCAACCCUGGCUACUCCAGCGAUAGUGUCAAGUAGAUAUAGAAACAGACUUAAAUAUUGUUAAUACUUCCUUCAUAGGUCUAUCGGAAUGUUUCAUGUAAAGUAAUAGUUUAACUUGUAUCGGCAUUCGGUUCAAUACAAUACAGGAAAGUUCCAGUUUGUGGGUGAUGUGCCACUAAGCAUUUUCUAGAGUUGUAAUUGAUAUACGAUAAAAAAACAUAUUAGAUAGCAAUAGAUAUGAGAUUCAUAACUAUGUAUAGACAAAUGUAUAUUGUAAUUAAGGAAAACGGUUUUUUUUCUCGGCUCACGUGUAAAUAUAGUUGGUAGGCCAGGCGAUCUGAUCGCUUCGUAUUCGCAAACACGCGCUUUCAUAUUAAAGCUAUUUAUUACGAUUUUUUUAUCGAUUUAAAAUAUUGUUGCAUCGAUUGACGUGUCUGUAAGACUUGCAGUGUUUAAUCGUUUAACUUUUUUAUUGUGAGACUCUUAUAAGUUGUUAAUUAUUUAGGUAUUAGUUGUUAGUUUGUAGUUUAGUAAAUUUAUUUUAUCAUAGAUCAAUAUUUUGGUUCUAUAUUUUUGCUCUCCUUUAGAUAAAUUCAUAUAGAGCGCGGAUUUGGUUAUUUGAAAUGGAGUCUUUGGGUAUACUGAGAAAAAUACACUAUUAAAUGUUCUUAUAGUAUUAAUAUUGUUACAUUGACUUUUUAGGCUGCUAUUAUACUUAUUUCAUAUCUUUAAUCUUUCUUAAGCAAAAACAUACAUUACUGUAUUCUUCCUUUUGUAUAAAUGCGACUAAAUUAGACAAAUCCGCGCUUGAAAUAUUAUUCCUAAUCUAUAUUUAGAUACUUUCACAAUUGUCCAUUGCUAAUUGCAAAAUAAUAACUUAGCAACAGUGUAAAUAACGGUAUAACAACUGUUAUAACAAUGCAAUAGCGUAGUAACGAAAUAACUAAAGUAUACUUAUAUUCGCCUAAAUUAUUUGUUAAAAUUAUGUUCUAUAGUCACUAUUAUUUAUGUGUAUAGCGUUUAACGUUUUAUUUAAAUUGAUAAAUCGACAUUAUAAUAUGAAAUAACUUAUUUGUGACACCGUUAUUAGAUGUAAAGUCAGUUAAGAAUAACGUUUUCAAAAUAGCUGUUAUGCAUGUUGGAGAUAACUGUCACUGUUUCAUUGUACUUUGAAGGAAUGUUUUCUUUAUUUGUGGCCUUAUAAAUGUUACUUAUUAUGAAUAUCAUGGGGCUACAACUAAACUUGCCUUUCUAUUUAUGUAUGUCAGUUAAUUUAAAUAAGUUUCUAAUAAAGACAGUAGUUGUGAUUCGGAGCUAAAUAUGGCCGUCAAGGGUUUAGCGACGCGCCAUUGGUUCCAACGUUUAGAGCCAGUUAAUACGUCUCUUGCGCAUCGUGAUAUUGCAUACUAAUGUUUUAAUUAAAGCUAUACGAGACUAGUCGUAAUGUGCUAUUAUUGGUACACUUUCAGCCUUGAUAACGUUAUUGAAGUAAAGUUUUAUAUAGUUAUUUGUACAGAGUAUUGUAACUUCUUGUAAUUGUUCAUUAAAUAUAUGUAAAGUGUAAGUAUAGAGAAAAGACCUGAUGACGCAAGAUACGUAAUGUUACAUGAAAUUAAAUGAUCUCAAGCUAAAUUAUCCUUUCACUGUCGCUUUGUAAUCGCGAUGCGCAUCGCACAAGAGACUUUGAAGAAUCUUACUAACAAAUUAUUUAUUGGAUACAUUUUUGAUGAUUCCGAAAUUGUAUUAUUCAAGUUAUUGAUAGCUCUGUUGGGCAAGCAGCUACUAUAGUAUCCGUUGAUUGAUGAGCCAUUUGUAAGUUUAAACAUACUUAAUACUAGGUUGUGCUCAUAGUUAUAAUGUUAGCCUUUGAACAAUCACUGAGGCGUUGUUCUGACUGCUGACUAAGAAUAGUCUAGCCUUUAUGGCGAACUUGAGAAAGGGCAAGAGACUGCCCUAUUGCAUUUAAUGACGUGUGAUACUCUUAUUAUAAAAUGGCGGGUAAUUCCUAUUUGAUAAUGAAGACUGGGAGAAUCGAUUGAUGAAUUAACUUCUAGCCAACAGUCAGAACAGUGCUUAAAUUAUAUUUAAUUUGUUUUUCAAGAUACAGUGUACACGAUACACACGUGAAGUGCUCGUGUUCAAUACAUCUGUUUAUUCAGUGAUUGAUGUUUUUGUAUUGUGUUUUAGUAGAAUUUAUAAGCUCUCUGUUUUGAGCGAAUGGGACUAGAUUUUUUACGCUGCCUCUAAAAUAUGAAUUUACCUCUUUUUCCUUUAAUUUUACUGUAAAAAAUUACCAUUGUCAGUCACGAUUCUAACCGUAAACUUGUUUGAAAUAAGGUCUAAUUUUGCGUGAAUGUUUUUUCUAUCUUAAUUGUUUUUAAACAGAUUGUAGUUGUUAAAAGGCAGUGCUAAUGAAUACUAGUCCCAUAACAAGUUACUAGGUCACCGUCGCAAUGAUAAUAUCAUGUUUACUACUUAUUAAUUUAUUGGAGUUCUUUGUUCAAUAAUAGUGAGACACGAAUUACAAGCCUAUCAAGUUAAUAUUUAAAUAGAGGAUUCUCUUUAUAAA